AUGUUUGUUCUCCGGACCUCGGUGAACGAACGAACAUCCGUCAACGGGAAUCAAAACGAUAAACCUGACAGACUCUGUGCUCGUCGGUCCACGCAGUUCAACGUGCCGGAGCUUCGCGUGGGAGCUUUCGACGAUCUCAUCGAGCUCGGCGACACCAUCUCAGAAGUGGUGUCACCGCUCCUGGAUGCGGUCGCCCGUAGGAUACAGAAGCAAUUCGUAGAGCUUCACUCGUCGGAUGGGAUGGACGAGCAGGAACUCACUGUUGAUGGGAUUCCUCCCGAUCAAUUCUUGACGAGUUUUGAAUGGGAUGGAGCGAAAAAUCCCACGCACAGACCGAUCAAAAAAAUCGUUCAAGAGUUGCGAGAAAACGUCGCGACCAUAGACGAAGAGUUGAAAGUGAAAACCAGCGAAUACGCAGCUGCCAAGGCUCAGCUCAGCGGAAUUUCAAGGAAGACCGGUUGGAGCUUAGCGACGAGAGACCUCGGAGAUAUAGUUCAGGAAUCGGACAUAAUAGAAACGGAUAAUCUUGUGACGUUGUUUGUCGCGGUGCCGAUUUUCAGUAAAAAGGACUGGUUAAAAAGCUACGAAACGCUCGCGCACUUCGUUGUUCCGCGCUCGUCGAAGCUGAUAAAAGAAGACGAAGAAUACGCCCUAUAUACCGUCACACUGUUUCACCGCGUCGUCGAUGCUUUUAAAUCUGCUGCCCACGAGAAGUCGUUUCAAGUUCGCGAGUUUCACUACAACGCCGAGACGAUCCAAUCGGAGGCAAGUGAAAGAAACGACAGAGUCAGAGAAGUUGAAGAACGAAGCGCUGCUUUGGAUUCUCUCUGUAGAGCUUGUUACCGAAAUGUGAUAAGUGACUGGAUUCAUGUCUGCGCCAUACGCAUCUUUGUUGAGAGCGUUUUGCGAUAUGGAUUACCCCCGAACUUUCUCGCUUGUAUCAUAAAACCACACAAGAAAUCAGAAAUAAAAUUAAGAUGGAUUUUACAAGAUUGGUUGGGUCAUGGCGCUUUAUUGAAUUGGGACAUCUUCCCGGAAGAUGAAAAAAGAAACAUGGAAAGAUCGUAUCCUUACGUUUCAUUUGCGCUAAUACUGUGA